CGUCCAGGGCCCGUGUGUGCGGGGCCGGGCUGCCGGCGGCGUGGGCAGAUCUCAAGGGGCCGUGGGGCUCCCCCUCCUGCGUGCGGGCCGCUGCCGGGUCCCCCCGGGGGCCGCGGAGCCCGCCGGACCGGCGGCUAAUGGCAGCUGCGCAGGAUGACACGGGCCCAUCACGUGGGUGAGCCCUCCCCGCCCCUCGCCGUACGGGACCCACGGGCCGCUGCCGCCGCCGCCCAGGGGACUCCGCCAGCGGCCGUGCCGUGAGCCACAGCUCAGAGGGUCCUGCAACCGCACGGAGCCUCAGCGACCCGUGCCCAGCACCCCGACGCCCAUCAGCGCUGGGCUUCCGCUGCAGGAGGCGGCCCGGCCCGGCCCGCAGCCCGAGAGUGAGCAAGAGAGAGAGAGGUCUGAAGAAUGAUAGAUUAAUCUGGGAAGAUGAAUGAUGCUAAAGAAUGCUGAGGAGCCCUAGUCAUGGAGCAGGAUCCCAUUGUGCUAGGUGGAAAUACAAUAGCAGAACACUAACAAAUUGAGAGGAUGGAGGGAAGAUGUGAUGUGUACAACAAAGAAGAUUACAGUGCUGCUGACGUCGUUUGUACACAGUACACGGAGAAAAUACAGAUGGAGAAGAAGCAAUCUUUGAGCCCGGCGUGUGUUUGAUGGUGUAAACUUCCAAAUUUUAAAAUAUAGGAAAGGAAAAAGCAAGCCCAGUUACUAAAGAAGAAUAUAAAUGCAAAAGAGGUGAACCAUUUCCUGGACUGGCUACAACAUAUUGGUAUUUGUACAAAGUGUUUAGAAACUUGUCAACUUGCCAAACUGGUUUUUGCUGCACAUCUGACAGGAUGAACAAGCCAAAGAGAGGCUUUUUGUUGUAUUGGAACAAUAGUGACUGCUGCCUGGUUUAAAGUAAACUUAAGACUGCAUGAAUUUGUCUGACGAAAUGAAAGAAGUGGCAUUCUGGUCACCCAAAGAGGUGGCAAAUUGGCUGAUGGAGAAUGCUGUUCCAGAAUACUGUGAACCGUUGGAAUUUUACACUGGGCAGGAUUUGAUCAAUCUAACUAAGGAGGAUUUUAAGAAGCCACCUUUGUCACGUGUGUCUUCUGACAAUGGACAGAGGUUGUUGUACAUGAUAGAAACUUUAAAAAUGGAGCACCACAUUGAGGCGCACAAAAAUGGACAUGCCAAUGGUCACCUCAGCAUCAGUACAGCUGUCACCACAAGUGAAAAUGAUUUCAGCACUAAAAUCAAACUGAAUGGGAUGCCAAAUGGAUAUAGGAAGGAGAUGAUAAAGAUCCCCAUGCCAGAGCCAGAGCGUUCCCAGUAUCCUAUGGAGUGGGGGAAGACUCUCCUGGCUUUUCUUUAUGCACUUUUCUGUUUCAUCUUUACCACAGUGACGAUUUCAGUCGUCCAUGAACGAGUGCCUCCCAAGGAGGUGCAGCCUCCCCUACCAGAUGCAUUUUUUGACCGUUUUAACCGUGUGCAAUGGGCCUUUUCUAUUUGUGAAAUUAAUGGCAUGAUUCUGGUAGGACUCUGGUUAAUUCAGUGGCUGCUCUUAAAAUACAAGUCUAUUAUUAGCAGAAGAUUUUUCUGUAUAGUUGGCACACUAUACCUAUAUCGGUGUAUUACGAUGUAUGUAACUACACUGCCAGUACCCGGUAUGCAUUUCAACUGCUCUCCAAAGCUCUUUGGAGAUUGGGAGUCUCACCUGAGGAGGAUAAUGAAAUUGCUUGCUGGAGGGGGGUUAUCUAUCACAGGAUCCCACAACAUGUGUGGUGACUAUCUCUACAGCGGCCACACAGUCAUGUUAACACUUACAUAUUUAUUUAUCAAAGAGUAUUCACCUCGGCGACUUUGGUGGUACCAUUGGAUUUGUUGGGCUCUUAGCAUAGUUGGGAUGUUCUGUAUUCUCUUGGCGCAUGACCACUACACUGUGGAUGUAGUGGUGGCUUACUACAUCACUACAAGACUUUUCUGGUGGUAUCACACAAUGGCCAAUCAGCAAGUGCUAAAAGAAGCUUCCCAAACUAACCUCCUUGCACGGGUGUGGUGGUACAGGCCCUUCCAGUACUUUGAAAAGAAUGUUCAAGGAAUUGUACCUCGCUCUUACCAUUGGCCCUUCCCCUGGCCGAUGCUGCAUCUCGGUAGACAAGCUAAAUACAGCAGAUUGGUGAAUGACACAUAACAGCUGUUAAAAGUAGGGGGAAAGGAACUGUCCAAAGUGCUCAGAACUCCAUGAGAGAAGAUGCCAUAAAAAAGUGAACUGCUCCCUAAUCCUUUAUCUUUUAACCAUUUCCUUGACUUAACCAAUUCAGUUACCUGGAAAGCACUGUGAUCUUUUUUUCUCUCCAAAGGAUCUGCGUUGGACAACAAUAAAGAAAAUUUAACUUAUCAUGCACUGUAUACAUUUCUUGUUAAUAGAUUUGGUAUUUACAUUACCCAUCACCAUGUUCCUUUGUAUAUGAUGCGACAGCAUAAAUGAAAACUUUUAUAUCAUAUGUUCCGGUCUUUCCAGUCACAUCUGGGAAUAAAACGUAUUAUUUUCUUGGGAAAACAUACUUUUCAUAUCUCUUGCCCCAAAGAUUGGGCUGUAAGCCAUUUUCUAGCAAAUGUCUAUAUGAAGGUUUCUAAAUACCUGACUGGGGAAAAAUUAAAACUCUUUCUACCUGUUACACCAAUGUUACAAAUAAAAUGAUAAGACACAGAAAGGUUUAGUAACGUUUGAUUUUGUAAAAUCUGCAGUGACAGUGUCAAAAAGUGCAAAAAAAAAAUAUUCUGUUGUAAAGUGAUUUUCUAAGUAUUUCCUAACUUUAUUUUUCAAAAUAUGUAUGAAAACUAAAUUUAAAAAGAUUUUUACAUGUCAGAGAAAAGAGAGUUAAAAUAAAAAAUGCUUCUUGGAA